AUGUCUUUGGUCGGAGCCCUUCUUUUCUGCAACGAUUGCGGUGGCCUGCUGGAGCGAUGCCCUGCUUCUCAGGCAAACAUUGACUGUGAUGUGUGUGGCAAGAGAAACAAGAGUAAAAGAAGCCAAACUGCUUUGAAUCAUUGUCAUUCUAACCACCACAAACAGNACAAGUGGCCCACAUCCAUCACCACCGAAUCAGCAGCCACAGCAUUCCCUUCUCGCUUGCGCGACGCCCGCUCCGAGAUUCAAGUGCUCUCGGCCGAAGACCGCGAGACCUGGGCCAUGACCACCACAGCAUGUCCCCAAUGCGCAAACCCGGAGAUGAGAUUUAGAGAUGUGCAGUUGAGAGGUGCGGACGAGGGCAGUACGAUUUUCUAUAGGUGUCCCAAGUGUGAUUACAAGUUCAAUACCAACAACUGA